AUAUUGAAAAUCUACAGUUCACGUUACAUAUAUAAUAGAUUUUUAGUACUGGCAGUGUAUGUACAUUACAUAUAUCGGAACACAGUCACGAAUACGUAGUACUUCAAUUCUAAAUUGAGAAUUCACAAGCGAAAAGGAAGAAAAAAAGGGGGAAAAGUAAAGAAUCGACGUAGGCGGAAAGUGCGAAACUGCGGAGGGACGAAGCAUGGUGUAAAAGAUAAUACAUGAGACGAAACACAGAGCUCGUGGUAAUGUGGGGCGCCCGUGCCAACCGCACGGCCCUGGUUUUCUGGAAAUCGUCAGUGGUCCGGGGCCAUUAAACGCGUUAUAUGUGUCUUGCAAUUUGAUCCCGCAGCGCUCGGUGCGGUGCCCCGAUCGGGGAGUAAUUUACACGAAUUUCUGGGCAUCCAGAUCUCUGUACGACCAGACCUCUCGGGUUCUUUCUCACGCCCGAUGCCACUGUCGUCUCUCCGCUCUCGUCGCGCAGCAUCCGACACUCGUCGUGCCGAACGUCGACGGUCACCAGGAAGACGGAGUGCGCGUACACGGCAUUGUCUUGUUCAUUCUUCGGGUUCUUCGAAUAAAUAAAUGCAAGUUUCUGAGUAAUGCAGGGCAUGAUGCCAGUUAAGACAAAAUCACGUGUUCCCGAAAAUAUGGGGGUCACAGGUGGACUGGUGGAUGCCCGAGCCAAACAAGUUCUAAGAGAAGCGGUAGAUGCAGUCGUUAAUAGCUUUGCGAAGCAUAGUCAAGGUUAUGGCAGAGUAAAUGUCGUGGAGGCAUUGCAAGAAUUUUGGCAGAUGAAACAAGCCAGAGGAACAGAAUUGAGAAAUGGCGCAUUAGUUAUUUAUGAAUCUGUUCCUGGUGCCAAUCCACCUUAUGUUUGCUACGUAACACUUCCUGGAGGAUCUUGCUUUGGAAGUUUUCAAAAUUGUCCUACAAAGGCCGAAGCGCGCAGAUCUGCCGCAAAAAUUGCACUAAUGAAUUCUGUAUUUAAUGAGCAUCCGUCGCGAAAAAUUACUGAUGAUUUUAUUGAAAAAGCAGUUGCAGAGGCACGGGCUAGUUUUGCGAAACCUUCAGCAACAUCAAACGGAGUUGGUAGCCAACCACAAGGAAGUGGUGAUGAGAAAGAAGAUCCAAACACAGGUAUAGGUGCGUUUCGUUUCAUGUUGGAGUGUAAUCGUGGAAGAACGAUGUUGGAAUUCCAAGAGCUGAUGACAGUCUUUCAAUUGCUUCAUUGGAAUGGCUCUUUAAAAGCUAUGAGAGAGAGACAGUGUAGCAGACAGGAAGUAGUCGCGCAUUAUAGUCAUCGAGCAUUAGACGAUGAUAUGCGUAGCCAAAUGGCGUUAGACUGGGUUGCUAGAGAACACGAAAGCGGUGGCGGGAUCGUGGCAAUGGAAUUGGCCUUAGCCGAGCGUGAACUUGAAACUGCGCGAUUAGCGGGACGAGAACUUAGAUUUCCAAAAGAAAAGAAAGAUAUAUUAAUGCUCGCACACGCGCAGGUCUGUCCACAGUGAAUUCUAACGUAAAUGUUACUAAGAUAAAUAAUCCACAAGACUGGUUUUUCGCAAGAAACGAUAAGUUGAAAGAAGUAGUUUCUUGAAAUUGUUUUAUAAAGUCUGUUUUACUUCAUUUUUUAAGAGCCUAACUUUGUGGCACGAAAAGUAUUCCGUCCUUUUUAUAAAGUGUAUCUCUUUAUAGAA